AUGAGUGCGGUGGGCUCGAGGUCAGUGCUGCGGACGCUGCUCUGCGUGUGUGUGUGCCUGUCGGCGGCGCACGCCCGGAUCUGGGCCUGGAUGCUGGCCAUGCCGCACGGCCCUCCCGAGGACGGCCCGCUCCGACCCCGCCACAAGGAGCUGGAAGACCCGCUCCGACCCCGCCACAAGGAGCUGGACCACCUGCCGUCCAGCCACACUGCAGACCCGGUGGCCUGCGAGCAUGACCGUGCGUGUGGAAAGGGCUUCUCCUGCGACCGCCAUUUUGGCCGCUGCGUCCCGCUGAGACAGGAGGGUCAGUACUGCCGCCGGGACGGCCAGUGCGUGCGCGGCCUGCAGUGCAUGUUCGGGAAGUGUCUCCGCAGCAUCCCCGCAGGACAAGAGGGUGCCAGGUGUAAGGUGGACAGGGACUGUGGGCCGUCCAUGUGCUGUGCCCGUCACCACGGUGAGCAGGUGUGCAAGCGGAGGCUGGCGCAGGGCGAGGGCUGCUUCGUGCCCGACGGUGGACUGGCCUUCAGCAUCAACCAGAUCUGCCCGUGCCACGAGGGACUGCUGUGCCGCCGCGGCAUGGGGGACCAGCCACGGAGAGAGUGA